UUAUAUUCAAAAAUAAUAUCCCGAAAGAGGUAGAAGGAUUCAGAGUUUCUUUCUCUGUAAUUGGCCUCUAUUUAAUUGGAUUUUCAUGUUAUGAGGAAGAACAGGUGAACGGAGGAUAUAGGGUUUUUGAGCUUCUCCGGUUUUAUUGAGAGGGUCGGAGGGAAGAGACCUCUAGGGUUUAUCAGAGUCUCUGUCUUGGUGGAUGGGAUUUUGUUUCAAAGAGAAACGCGGCCAUGCGAAAGUCGUUCAAGGAUUCCUUAAAAUCACUGGAAGCAGACAUUCAGCACGCCAAUACUCUAGCCUCGGAUUAUUCGAGGGAAUAUGAUGGUGCCUGCCUCCAAAUGAGAUUAUCUUAUAGUUCAGUAGCACACUUGUUUCUGUUCCUUGUUCAAUGGGCUGACUGUCAUCUUGCUGGUUCCCUUGGAUUGCUUAGAAUUCUCAUUUACAAGGCUUAUGAGGAUGGCAAAACCACCAUGUCUGUUUAUGAAAGGAAAGCUAGUAUCAGAGAAUUUUAUGCUGUUAUAUUUCCCUCUUUGUUGCAACUUCAAAGAGGAAUCACUGAUGUGGAGGAUCGGAAGCAGAGAGAGCUUUGUAAGACCAAGUAUAGGAAGAAGGAUGAAAUGGACAAGGGAAAACUUUCUGAACUUGAUAUAGAAAGAGAGGAGGAAUGUGGCAUUUGCAUGGAGAUGAACAGUAAGGUGGUCUUGCCCAAUUGCAACCAUGCGUUGUGCGUUAAAUGCUAUCGUGAUUGGCGUUCACGAUCUCAGUCAUGCCCUUUCUGUAGAGAUAACCUUAAACGAGUGAACUCUGGUGACCUUUGGAUCUACACCGACAGCCGGGAGAUUGUUGACCUGCCUUUAAUUACCAGAGAGAACCUAAAGAGGCUGUUCAUGUACAUAGAUAAGUUGCCUCUAAUCAUUCCAGAUCCUGUGUUUCUUCCCUAUGAUUCUCAUAUCAGAUGAGGGAUUCUGUUACAGCUGCUGGAAAGAAUCUGUAUAUAGAAGCCUGGUACUCUCUCUCUCUCUCCAACUGUAAAUCCUGUUUGACUAUUGUUUCAACAGGCUUCAACAUCAAAUCUGAUUCAUGGAUCUUUCUAUAAUAUAAAAUAGAUUUGCUUUCUAGAUCAACUUGGAUGUUGUCUUUUCUGUAUGUCUUAGGCUAGAAUGCGCCACUAUGGUACAGCUUACAUUUUUAAUGGGUCGGGAGUAACAGUAUCUGUACAUUGUUGGAACUUGGAAGUUAAAAAUGUAGUGUAAUUAUUUUUUCCUCUCUAACAGAAAGAAAGGAAGAAAAAAUGUUACCAAAAUCUGCAGAAAUCCAUUCUAUAGUCUAUGCUCA